AUGGUAAGUUUGUUUUCUUCACAUCUACCUCGUUGGCUUCAAGUUCUAGUUACUGAGAAAUUCUUCAAUGCUUGUAUAAUUCAUGAAAAGGCCAAGAAAAACGAGAAGAAUAUCUAUUGCUUGGAUUGUUGUAUCAGUAUAUGCCCUCACUGCUUGUCUCCUCACAACUCUCACAGGCUCUUACAGAUACGAAGGUAUGUCUAUCACGAUGUUAUAAGGUUGGAUGAUGCAACAAAAUUAAUGGACUGUUCCUUUGUCCAAUCAUACAUAACAAAUAGCGCUAAAGUGAUAUUUAUAAACCAAAGGCCGCAGACAAGGCAGUUUAGAGGUUCCGGUAACUUCUGCUGCACCUGCGACAGAAGCCUACAAGACCCUUAUCUCUUUUGCUCUCUCUCCUGCAAGUUUAAUUAUCUGCUAAGAACAGAAGAUGGGCUUUCCAAGUUCCUGUUUGAGUGCGAUUUUUUGCCUUUACCUGAGACGGGUUUGGAUGAUGGUUUGGUGACACCUGACUCGGUCCUUGAGCCUUCUGGUUCGACCAAGACGUCCUCCGGGUCUGGUGGAUACGAUGAAGUGUGGUGCAGGGAACUUGCUUGCACUGCUACGACAGAGAUUGUGAGAAAGAAGAGGAGUAGCUUGACUGGAAGGGAGAGAGUCAAGGGAGAUUGGGACAUUGUUGAACUCUCAUUCGCUUUCUCUUUUCUUGCUUUUCUUUUUCCUGGACACAAUAGCGACAAAAUUGGAAGGCAAAUAGGCGACGCCAUUCAAUUAUUUACUGAUUCCCUUCCCAAUGUCUCUUCAUUUGAGAAAAGAAGCUCUUGA